AAAAACUCAAAAAAGUAUCCAGAAGAAAAGCAGACCAUAACCCCACAAAGUGCACACACACACACUCGGACGUGAACUCAGUCAUCAACCAAAACCAAAAAGCCUAUCCCAUUUACUACUACAUAAUAACCCAACGAUAACUGAAAAACUAUCCUCCAGAAAAAGAGUAGACACUUUUACAAAAGCACUACGAAACUCUUCCUCCUCAGAGACAUUUUACACAACACAGUUCCCAAGCACACAGACAAAAAAGUCUCAGAAAUGGCAGCACCUGAAGAACCAAAAGAGCAACCCCUACUUGAAGAAGAACAGUUUGAGAAGCUUUUAUCCUCAUAUUUAGGCUUAAGUUUCACAAUUUUUCUUGGGUUGCUACCCAAAAAUUCAAUCUCUUUGAUCCCUAGCCUAAAGACCCAGAAUAAAGAUCUCAACUUUAAGCUCAGGAAAGCAGAGGAACAGCUUGAACAGCUUCAUUCUCGUAGGAAAGAGGAUUCUAAAGCCAAUGCAAGAGUUGUGGAGAUCUUUGCUAGCCAUAGGCAUGCUUGGCAGCAAGAAGAGAAGAGAUUACUGCAGCAGAUCGACGAGGGCGGUGAUGAAAUUACUCAUUUGAGAGCUAAAGUUGAAGAGUUGGAGAAAUUGGAGUCCGAGUUGAGGGAUGGUAUAGAAGAGCUGAAGAGGGAAGUUAAUGAAAGAGAUGAAAUGUUGAAUUUCAUGAGUACCAAUGGAAGGGCAUGUGAGAUGGAAAACAGCUAUUGCGGUGGCGGUGGUGGUGGCGGUGAAGGUUUUGACGGAGGUGGUGGGGAGUGCUAUCCGGAGAUGGAAUUGAGGUAUGGGAAGGGUGGGGUUUCAAAAGGCUUGGAUUUGGGAGGUGAGGAUUGUUACUUGGGUGGUGGGGUUCAUAGCAUGGAGGAAAUGGAAAAUCUUUGUGGGCAAAGUAAUGGGUUCAGUGCAGAGUUCUUGAAUCCUGCUUCCAAAUUAUGGACUGAAAGAGGAAAACUUUGGCAGGACGUUCCAUACGAGUCUCUUGAACCCCGUUAUCAUUUGAAGCAUUUUGUAGCUAGAAGGGAAUCCCCUUGGAAAGUAGACGGUGACUCAACCGGAGUUUCGUCAAAAUUAAAAUUAUUGGAACAGGAGCUAAUUAAUCUGGAAAAAGUUGGAAAGACUGAUCUAUCAAAGAUUCCAUCACUACUGAGAAAGCAGGCAAAGAGGUACCAGACUCUUUCCGGGAAGAUUGAUGAUCUAUGCCGAAGAAUGGUGAUUCCCUAAUUUUUCAUUUAUUUUCUCUGUCAGUAAUCUGGUACUGUGGUACAUGCAUUUUCUCUAUUCCUGUAAUGGAUACGUGAUUAACCUUCCCCGAAUUUUCUGCAUGAUCUCAGAGGCAAAACAGUAAUGUCAAAUGCUGACAAAUUUGCCACUCAUUUUGGAGUCAUUUGGCUUUCACUUUGAGAUGUGCUCAAAGGAUAUGUGAGUUUGAAUAUAGUCCACCCUGCUCACCCAGAAAAGAUAUAAGUUUAAAUAUGAUCCUUAGUGGAUAGGGAAUUUGAUCAUCAAUUCGUUCACCCACCUCACUUGAAACCCAUUAAAUCUGUAUAAAAUGUUUACAGCUGAUGCUAUAACUUUAAGCAGCAUCUAUCAGCUUCCUUUCUGUCCCUGUCCAUACAGAACAAAUCAUGUUUGAUGUUUGCUUUUUUACUUUAGGUUCCUUUGCAUCUAUAACUGUUAAAAGUUAAAACAGAAGCCCGGUUACUUAAACUGCUUAGUAUUUUUCUGAGCAAGUUUGUUUGCUUUUUAUUCUUUUGCUGCAGCAAGCUAGUGAUCCAUGUGAAGCCAACGUCAGUUCGGAGUUUCGAACACAGAGACAAACAGAAUUUUUGCUUGAAGCAUUUCGGCUACAGCACCGUGCUGCUGAAACUUCUCAGAAGCUGAUAGCAUUGCAAACUGAGACAGGAAAGAGUUGUUUAGAAGAUGAGCUAGAAUGUCCUGCCAAAGUAACCACAAGACGGUCAUUUGACUGUAUAAGAAACAAUUUCAAGGAGAUCCAGCGAAAUUUAGAGAUAUGGCUCGCUAGAAUUAUUGGAGAUCUUGAAGGAAUUCUUGCUCGAGAUGGAGCCUCCCGGAUGAGGGAAUACUACAUUUCUAGAUAUCCUUUUGUUCAGGUGUAGUAUAAUUGCGCCCUUUGAUAGCAUAAUCCGGUAACAUUUUAGAAUCACUACUAAAAGGCAAGUAUAUAUAGUUUCUCUUAGCAUUUUGGUGCAAUUAGAAUCAAGUGGUAUAUAUUCUUACUUGUUGGUUGUUACUGAAUAUGGAAAGAAACCAAGAUCUGCAAACUGAAUUCCCUAACGCUUUUGAACUAAGUAGGUGGUACUUCAUCGUGUCAUUAAAAUUCCAUGGAAAUGGAUUCAAAUCAUAUGGCGAAAUUGUGGUAGAACUCACGGUACAGAUACCAGUGGGUAUGGCAUUUUUUUUAGUGUAUCAAUGUUUAGAACUGUGCAUUUCAGGGAUGUUCCUCAUGUUUCUGGUAAUGAAAUCAAUAGCGUCUUUGUUUGGAGGCUUUUACUGUAGUUAUUUCGACUUUGCAAAGCUCCAACUAACCUUGUGUUCAAAGUUCAACAGCCAACUACACUGGCUGUAAUGUUGCUAAACUCUACUGUUACAGAAAAAUUCAAUCCUUAACUUUGGUCCUUUUGUUCCUGGGGGAAAUCAGAUUAGUUUUUGGCCUUGCCAUUGGAUGCAUGGUUCUCAGGUGGAUAGAUGAGGUUUGACAUGCAUUAGGUUAGAGAUGCAGUUAGUGGCAACGCCGGCAGGACAAGAUCUCUUAAGAGUUUACAUUGCCCCUUCUAAAAUAAAUAAGAGACUUGUUUGUAUGCAAAAACACAACUUUUAUUUUGGGUCAUUAGUUUGAUGGAUGAAAGGUUAUUAAGGUACAUUCGAAUAAAUUGCGCUUCCUUUUGCUUAAUAUAAAAUGUGCUUUGAUUAAAAAAAAAAAAAAAAAGGCAUUUCGCUCAAAGGAAAAAGAUUGCAGUCAAGUCUAGCAAGCUACUGGUAAAUGAAGCAGAUGUUAGUUUGAACAAUGUAGAUGGAUCUUACCCUCAUUGAAUCCAAUUUGUUGCUUUGAACAAUGUCGAUCGAUCUUAACCUUAUUGAAACUUAAAUUGGAUUCCGAAGAAACAUCCAAAUUUGAUGCGAAAAAAUGGGCAACACUUAUAAUUGUGGAUAGAGUGCAAGUCUUUUGACGGCCAGUAGGAGUAAUCAGCUGAUAAAGUUGAAUUUAACAACACAUAGGGUUUAAAGCACAUGGAUGUGGUACCAUACGAUCAAGUUGGCACAUGCUUUUGUCUUCUACCGUAGACAGAGGAAACUAUUGUUCUUCAGGCUGCUUAACCAUAUUGAUGAGGAAGAAAUCAUUUAACCCUAUCUUGAAGAUGAAUAAAAGUAACUCUCACCUAAUAUUUCGCUCUCAUAAAUACAUCAAUCAGGAAAUCUGCUGAUAUGCAAAAGAGGUCGUUCGGUUAUCUUUAAUUAUUACAGUGAAUCCUCUUGUGCAUUUCUUUUUUGCUACUUCUACCCUAAUUAUUCACCCACAAACUCAUCCAUCCCCUACCCUGCGCCCGCUGACAAAUCGAACUCGCGACCUCUUCGUACAGAAAAGAAUUUUUGUGCACAAAAAAUAUUGCCAGAAAUGAUCGCAAAAGCAGCAAAUCAGUGCUCUAGAAAUGUAGCUUGCGAACUGCAACAUAUGAAAGUAACAUUCCAUUUCACUGGAAAUAGUUUGGAGAGUAGUUUCCUUAAAAAGGAGCAUAUGAACCGAGCUUAAAUAUUAGUCAACACCAGAACAUGAACUAAUCCAGAAACCAGAAAGGUAUAUCAUCCAUAAUUUGCUCUGCAUUGAUGAAAUACAACGCCAAAGCAAGAAGUUCAGACACAGUCACAUUACACUUUUAUAAAGUAGCAUAAUAAUAGAAAUGACACAAAUAGCAGUUGCAUUAUAUAGAGAGGAACCCCAGUAGAAACCAAUAGAUGAUCCCCUCAAUACUUGGGCACCUUAGGAAGAAGCAGCUGCUUCCUGUAACUGCUUCACCUUGGUGAUGUAAUCACUCAUUGCCUCGUCCUUGGAUUUUCCUGUCAGGCAUAAACACAUCGAAGGAUUACACUAAGUGGCCAGAAACCUAAGCAGUUCGGCUACAAAAGACAUUAUAAAGUUCAACCAAAUACGGUGAAUUAACUACCUUCGACGGCCUUCCAUGCGUCCCACUUAGCCCUGUCUCUCUGGUUGAAGAUACCAGGACGGCCUGCCAGUUAAAGCCCGAUCAAAAGUGAGAAACAAUUACCGAACAACUUCAGGUUGAUGAAAUGGCAUAACUGAGCAUAUUAAAAACAGUAAAUAGUGACAAAGCACAUGAAGCAGGUAAGAGUACUAACUUGUGUUUACAUCUCCAACAGUGGCCUGCUUGUAAAGUCCAUACAGAAUAAGCUUGUUUUCGUUGCUGGUGUUCUCAGGCAGGGUCUUGGCUUUCUCAGCAUACUCCUCAAAUUCUUCCUGAAACAGCAUCAGUAGAUUAAAUAUUCUGAUGGUGGUUAAUAUUCACUAACAAGUAAGAAAAUCAACUCAGAACAGCAAACCACUAUCUUGGAGGGAAAUAAAUUUUAAAGUAAGAAACCAAAACUAAAGAAAUUUAUCCUUGUCCACCGGAGAGGAUUUCUCAAACGAAAUUACAGAGAAGUAAACUAACUCUAAAGUAUGCACAUCAGCAAUUUUUGACACACACACACACACACACACACACACACACACAAAAAAAAACACAACGACAACAACAACAACUCAAGAAACACAUAAUAAGGUUUGAGCAUGUUGGUCCUCGUAAAACAUCGGUUUGCUAUGAGAUCACAGUAGCUUAACCAGAAAAAAAUGUGCAAACCCUAAGCACAAAUAUUCUCACUUGAAAUCCAUGAAAAGGUAGGGCAGACUUUUGGGAAGUUAUACAACCAAUUUGUGAACUUCAUAUAGGUAGAGAAACAUAUGAGCAUAUUUGAACUAGUAAACAGUGCAGUACAACAAAAUUGUAAACUCCCUUAUAGGACAAAAGAAUACAAGCCACUUUUCCUAUUCUAUCCAAAGAUGCAACAAUCAUGUGCUGAACGUACAAUCUGCCGAGGAAUCAGAGUGAUCAGAAUAAGGCACUGUAGACAGGCCAUUCAUUCAGAUAGCAGAGUAAAAGAUAAAAAUAAGGCACAAUAGACAGCGUAGACAUCCGGAUAGCAGAGGAAAAGAUAAAAACUCAAAUCACAUUGUUUCCAUGCUGAAUUUCACAAAUAAAUUUAUGUGGUUCCAAAAAUUUAACAAACAGACUUGAUAGCUUGAAUAGCCCAGUUCGUGAACUUAGGUCAAUAAUGUUAACAAGUGAUGGACAAAAGCAGAAAAUUUAAUGAGCACGGCUUGAUUGCUCGAAUAGUCCAGUUUGUGUACUCGGAUCAACAAAGCUAACAAGUGAAGGACAAAACUGACAGUAUACAGGAAGCCAGAUUUUAAUAAUAUAAUAAGCAUGUCCUAUGAUUCUUCCAGUUCAAUUCUUGACAGCAACACAAAUGAAAACAAGGCCAGCAAUAGGUCACAUAAACACUCCCAAGUGGUAAAAGGUUGUCAACAAAAUAUAUGUACACUUAUUAGCCCCAAUAAUCAUUGAUUACUAUUUGAUUGUUGCACAUGAUAAAAUGCAACUAAUUACUAACUUAUCCAACAAAAGUAAAAACUGUAAGGCGGAAAUCGGUUGCAAUAGGUAAUAACAAAGGAUUCUCCCACAGUGUUUAUUUGUUAGUUUCUUUUUUUCCUCCAUCCGCAAGAUCUAAAACCUGAAAGUAUUACCUGAACAACACAUUGUGCAAAUUUCCCACCAAAUGUAUCAGAGUAGUUUUGGAAUGGAUCAAGAACAAUAUCUUGCCAAAGUAGUUUGAGACAGAUCCUUUGCAAGACUAAUCGAACAAUACUGAAUUCACUAUGUUCCAUCCCGAGCACUGAUAAAAUUUGCCUAAAAUCAUAUCUAACUGCAAACAUCCAGAACAUGUGGCAAGUUUGCACAUGUUUAACCGUAGAACACAAAAUUUGGAAAAAUUCACCAAAAUCAUGGAUGUAAAGCUUAAUCAAUCAAUGCUUUAGAAAGAAUCCAAACACGUGCUAAUUAUGCACGUGUUCAACAGUAGAUAACAAAAUUUGGAAAACUUCAUCUAAUCACUGAUGUAAAACUUAACCAAUCAUUGCUUUAACAAGAAUCCAACACGGAACCGUACCAAUUUUAGCGGCUUAUUUGAAUUAGAACAGAAAAAUAACCCAUCAACAAACAGAUAAUGAGUAAGAUCACACUCCAACUUAACGCAACUGAUACAAAUCAACCAUACAGGUUACAUAGAUCUCAAGAUAAAGACUCAAUAAGAAGGGAAAAGCAAAUCCCAAAGGUAAAUUCCAACGGGAAAAACAGAAUAAUCAGCCAAUUAUCUUCAAUACUCUCCAGUUCACAGAAUCAUGCAUACGAAACAAAAGGAAAUUGACGGUAAACGUGCUUAAGAGAAGAAAAGAAAAAAACUCACAAAAUUGUACCGAUCAAAUAAUGAAAGAAACUUGAUCUUUCAAUACCGGAUAAGUUACCUGCAAACCCAUCUUUGUUUUGCUGUGCAGAGAUGACGAAUAAAGUUUGCUUUGUGAUUCUCGCCAGUAAUGCCAGUGGAGAACUUGUUCGUGAAAACUGUUGAUUGUGCUGCUAUUUAUAUUUGGGCUUUGGAGGAUGGAUAUUCGUCUUUACAGGGUAUUCUACACGUGGCUGGUUGGUG